AUGAAUUCAAAUAACGUUUCCUUAAAUCUUAAGCUUCAAACUUUGAACGAACAAAAUACAAGAAAAGAAAUCAGCAUAAUAAGCGUAAGAAAGACAUACAAUAAAGGAAGCAAAGAAAUAUCUUUAAUCGAACUACUGAGACUUGAACCGGAACAAAAAGACAAAAGAGGGAUGAAAGAAAAGAAAGAAGAAGAAUUUGUGCGCUUCCAAAUCUUUGUACGAAUGGAACUUGCUUCUACUUGUAAAACAAAUCAAUGGGCAAUUGAUACAAUGUUGCAACCUUACUCGAAACUUGUUCCUACACAUGUUCGAACCGACACUUUGUCGAAGCAAUUUAUGUUAAUUUUUCAAUACUCUGCUAGUUCCUUUGGUAGCUUAAGGGAAUUUUGUUUUGAAUAUUUUGAUUAA